CCUCUCAAGAAACUGAUGGAUGCCUAUUGCGAACGUGAAUCAAUCAAUCCAAAUUCAAUACGCUUCUUGUAUAACGGGAGAAUCCAAGGAGAUCUAACACCAGCUGAAUAUAAGAUGCGUAACAAUGACAUAAUUGAUAUUAUUAUUGAACAACAGGGU